AUGGUACACCUUGUGGCUGUACCAGAGACAAUCACGGCAAGUGGCUGUGCUUGUGUCUUUAUUGACACCAUCUUCCGACUUCAUGGGUUGCCCCGUGAACUCGUAUCAGACAGAGAUCCACGAUUCACUGCUGAUUUCUGGCGUUCCGUGUUCAAAUCACUCGGAACGCGCUUGAAGAUGUCAACAUCUGAUCAUCCAGAGUCAGAUGGUCAGACGGAACGUGCCAACCGUGUCCUUGAAGAGAUACUUCGAGGAUACGUACACUCCUUUAAGAGUUGGAGUGAGUUUUUGCCAAUGGUAGAGUUUGCCAUUAACAACUCGGUGCAUGCGUCCACGACACAUACACCGUUUUACGUGAAUGACUUGCGCCAUCCGCGUGUACCCACCUUACUAGAGUACGUCAUUGCGUUUGAUGCCGAUAUCGAUAACAUCGAUGUCGAAGAAGUUGAUUCCAGUGAGAGUGCGGAAGCCCUCACUGAAGAAGAUGAUGCCAGUGAGAGUGCAAAAACCCUUACUGAAGAAGAUGAUCCCAGUGAGAGUGCGGAAGCCCUCACUGAAGAAAAGGUUGAUGUUGCUGCAGUGCGCUCACAGCACACUGAAGCUAACGAGUCAUCAGAUGAGUUCAUACUGGCUCGUGAAACGGUAGUCCGUUUUGUGCAAGACUCCAUCGCCGAAGCGGUGGAUAAGCAAAAAGCAAAACGCUGA